ACACGCCUAUCUUCCCUGGUCGCCCCGCGACGCGCCGCGCCGCCUCCACAUCCCUCUGCCCAUCUCGAUCCCCGCCGCGCCGCCGUUCCUCCACGCCGCCGACGACGUCGCCUCCCUCCGUCCCAGCCGCGCCACCGCCGCUUCUCCCCUCUCCUCUUUCCGCCCGCAUUCCCCCUUCGCUGGGGCCCGCUUCCGGCAGGUAGCAGCUGCGUGGGCGCGCAGAGGGGGUAGCCUGGCGAUGGAGGGCGGCACGAACGCGCGGCGGCGGCGUCUGGUGGAGAGGGGAGCCGAUCGCCUCGCCUUCAUCACCGGCCAGGCGCAGACCCUCCCCUCCGAUCCGCUCCCAGAUUCACCACUUAAUUCUGUUGACGCAGCCACCCCUCAAAUAUCUGAAAGGAAUGCAAGUGAGGGUGGCAUUAGUGGUGAUAAAUUCAGCAAUAUAACUCGGCUGCACAAAUCACAACCUAGUGAUGUAGUACCUGAAAGUCAACUGUCUGCCAAAGCCCGUCAGGAAAUUCAUGAUGGUGACCUACUUCGAGAAUUCAAGACAAGCAGCACAGUUCCUGAAAUUCAGCCAGUAAAUGAAACGCCCAUGCAGAGGCAUGGUGAGGAAACACUUGGCAAGAGGAUUAAUCAUGAUAGAACAGCAACUGUGACUAGGAAGGAGAUGGAAACGAGACCCAAAUCUGUUCCUCCAAACCAGUCUAACCAAGCAGAAAAUGCAGCUUGGUCUGUUGAAACUCUGAAGGAGCACUUGAAUUUCACACCGCAUGAGAUUACACAGGCUAUAUCAGCUACAGAGUAUAACCGUUUUUUAGCCUCUGUCGCUGUUGCCUUUCUGGCGGUUCUUUCAAACUGGGGCCUGGACAUUGGUGGUACUAUCACAAGAGUAUUAGUUGGAACAAGACCACUUCUGUUUCUUAUUAUAACGAACGUAACCAUUGUCUUCACUUUGUUGAUGGAGAACAAGGACCCAAACGUCAGGGGAAGAUCAGCUGGCAGCAACCUUGGUUCUGCUGAUAGCUUAGGGCAAAUGCUGGAGAUCGGAUUGCUGCUACAGAAAUCCCUGGGCGCUCUCCUGAUGGACUGCAGCAUUUGUGCUGUCAUCCUGAUCUGUUUCCUUUGAGUUUUGAGUGGGUAUUUUUGAUAGAGUUUCACAGAACGGUCCCCUGCUUUGUAAGUCUACGCCACUGCUCUGUCUAUUGUUCAAUCUUGUAACAUCCUUAUAUUUUGAUUCAUUUACUUUUCUCGUCACAUAUAGAGCUGAACUAAGCCAGGUCCAAGAAAAAUUGGACUGCAC